AUGUCUCAUCAAAACCUACAGCCUGAGCAUCCACUAAUGGGAGCCUCUCAGUGUUGUAGGUUACCCACGAAACCUCUCUCCUGUUGUUCUCUGUUCUUUGUGGGAAUAUUGUGGCUCCUGGCGACUAUCGUGACUGCAUACUCUUGCCCUACAACCUGUCACUGCACAGACAGGAAUGGCGUGGUGGUGCAGUGCACCUCGCGCAACUUGGAGAAGAUUCCCCCUGACCUGCCCAAGGACACCGUCGUUCUGCUGCUCUCGUCUAAUCACAUCAGACACGUCACAAAGGAGGCCUUCGCAGACCUACACCACCUCAAGGAGCUGGACUUAUCUCACAACGCCAUCGAGACUGUGGAGGCCGGUGCCUUUCAGGGGAUUUCAGAGGGUCUACGCUCCUUGGAUCUUUCAAACAACCACCUCACUAGUCUCCCUAAGGACACAUUUGCCAAGCUCCAUGCUCCCGUCCGCCUCUCCCACAACCCCUGGCACUGUGAGUGCUCUUUGCAGGAGGUGCUGAGAGAACUGAGGCUAGACCCAGAGACAGUCAACGAGGUCAGCUGCCACACAUCUGUGCAGGACGAGUACGUGGGACAGACAGUGAUCCAGGUCCUGGACUCUGGCAUCAACUUUUGCAACUUCCACCACAAGACGACAGACGUGGCCAUGUUUGUGGCCAUGUUCUGCUGGUUCUCCAUGGUGACAGCUUAUGUCAUUUACUACAUCAAACACAACCAGGAGGAGGCCAGGAGGCACAUGGAGUACCUGAAGUCACUGCCCAGCACCUCCUACAUCAGCAAGGACUAUGACACAGCCAGCAGUGUGUUCUAG